CACCCGAAUCUAUUCCCAUGUUCAAAUUCCUCCCCAACUUGCUCUUCCUUCGCACAAACACAUUACUAAUUUAUUAACCCAAAUGUAUUCUUUAUCAUCUAUCUAUGCUUAGUGUAGAAUUCAGCAAUGCCAGAUGUCUCUGAAUGCAGUCUUCCCUUGCGCGAGGCGGUAUAGCCAAGGCAACGCUUCCAUUGUGACAGAAAUCAAUACAGUCCACACCACAACCACGUGUCCCCCUCGGAGUUCUCCCAUUUUCAUCGCUUCCUCCGCCAUCUGCAUCGGUCUCUUGUCCUGUUCUCUCCCUCCUUUCUUGUUCCUUAGCAAUAUUGCUUUUUUAAUAGACACACUCCUCGACGGACCAACAAAAAUCAUCCGAAAAGGGGCAAAAUAUCAAGGAAACCCAGUUCCUAACAAGCCAGAAGUGCGGGUGACCUUUCUUAGGGGGUGGGGUGAAGGUUAAAGCGGAUUUUGGUUGGAAAUGAAUGGGCAUGGAGGAGGAGGGGAUAAAAUAUGCGCUUUUGAAAUAGCCGUUGUGGUUCCAAAGAAAGAUGAUGACCAGAGCUUUGAGUGUGUUGAGGUUCUCGUUGAGGAGUUUCAAAAGGUAGGACUUAUUGUUGACAGAGUUGUUGGCCUUCAAAAUGAAUAUAUUAAGCUUGCAGCAUCAUUACAUAUUCUGGGACAGGCUGCUGCCGAGUUGCGGAUGAAGAAACGAACUCAUAUUGGGGUGGACUUGCAAUUUGAAUGGGACGAAGUUGAAGCAUUUUCCAAUCAGCCUGAUGGUUCCUUGUUCAGUUGGUCUGAGCGUUUCAACUGCUAUUGCUAUUUGCUAUACAAAAUCGUGAACGAGGGCAAUUCAGUGAGAAAUUUAAGUUUUGGCCCUGAGGAAGUUCACUGGGAGCCAGGGGAAUCACUACUUAGAAGAUUAGAGUAUGAGGGGAUUGUUAAAGAAGUUUUCCCGAUGCAUGAUGAAACAAAGAGAAAGAAGCUUCUGAGGAGUUGGGCACUGAACUGGUUGGACCUCACAACACAGCCCAUUGAUAAUAUUUGCUCAUAUUACGGAACAAAGAUUGCUACAUAUUUUACAUUUCUUGGGAUGUACACAAGAUGGAUGCUCUUUCCUGCUGCAUUUGGACUGGCAGUGCAGUUGGUUGACUUUGGAUCACUGCAGAUGUUUGUUCUUCCUGUUUUCUUUAUAUGCUUAGUCUCAUGGGCAGUAUUAUUUCUCCAGUUCUGGAAACGUAAGAAUGCAGCUCUUCUUGUCAGGUGGCAGUUAAAUUACCCGAUUGGAGGAUAUUCUGGAUUUAAAUUUGUGGAAAGGGAAUGGGGUCUCUUUCAGGCCCCGGUAGAGCUGGUCUUGCAAUGGGGAAUUGAUAACUCAAAAGAGAAAGAAACAUCCCAAAAUGAGGAAUGGUUUGGACGCUUGAUGAGAUUCAGAAAUGAUGCACUGAUUAUACUGAGCAUCAUCUGUCUCCAACUUCCUUUUGAACUUGCUUUUGCCCAUGUCUAUGAAGUUUUAAGCUCUGAUAUAUUGAAGUUUGCUCUGACAGCGGUAUACCUCCUUGUCAUCCAGUAUUUUAAUGGAGUUGGUGGUAAAAUAUCAGCCAAACUUGUGAAAUAUGAGGGUAAUAAGAACAUGGAGUAUAAAGCUGACAGCUUGGUUUACAAGGUCUUUGGUCUUUAUUUCAUGCAAACAUACAUUGGAAUUUUCUAUCAUGCGCUCUUGCAUCGCAACAUUUUGACACUUCGUCAAGUUUUGGUUCAACGUCUAAUUUUGUCUGAGGUACUUGGUAAUCUGGUCGAGAACUCUUUGCCGUAUUUAACGUAUAGUUUUAGGAAAUACAGAGCAGUUAGAAACAAGAGAAAAUCUGGAGGACUAUCCCAAGGAAAAAUUCAAUACUUCUCCAGGGUAGAGAAGGAAUUCCUCAAGCCGGCUUAUACUGCAAGCAUUGGAGAGGAGCUUGAAGAUGGGCUAUUUGAUGAUUUAUUGGAAUUAGCACUGCAAUUCGGCAUGAUCAUGAUGUUUGCUUGUGCAUUCCCUCUCGGUUUUGCGUUUGCUACAUUGAACAACAUAACUGAAAUCAGAACAGAUGCACUUAAGCUCUUAGCCAUAUUUAGAAGGCCGGUACCUCGGCCAAAUGCCACAAUAGGUGCUUGGCUUAAUAUAUUUCAGUUUCUGAUAGUCAUGUCCAUAUGUACAAACUGUGUGCUUUUGGUAUGCUUAUACGACCGGGAAGGAACCUGGAAAAUUUCACCUGGUCUUGCAGCAAUCCUCAUUAUGGAACAUGUCCUCCUCUUGAUAAAAGCAGGAUUUUCUCACCUUGUACCCGCUGAGCCAGAGUGGGUGAGGGCAAACCGUGCAAAGAAUGCAAGCUAUGCGCAGGAUAUGUGUUCCCGCCAGCUUUUGAGGAGCAUUUCUAGUGAGAAAAUGAACAAAUGCAAAUAACCCCCUUUCCCCUCCCAUGUAUAAUAUAUACCCAUAGUGGCUGGCAAAAUGAGGUUUUUGGUAAUAGUCUUUUUUGAAGAUGGUUUGGAUACAUGCAGAGUUGGUCAUCUUGUACAAAAACCCGGGUUCAAAUGUAUUUAAGCUAAGCUUUCAUUUGAACAAGAACGUUAUGAAAAAAUUUUGUGUUCUUCUCAUGAAGGUAUGAAGUUGUAUUUCAGUUUGAGAAUCACUAUCUGGGCUUCCACAUCUAUUUAUCUUUG